UGGGAUUCCAUGUCUCCAUCCUCAACCAAUACCAUAUAUUACGCAUAUGCAUAUGGAAAGGAACUCAUCAAUCACAAUUGUAAAUUAACUACAAGGUCUUCUCUUCUAUCCUUUCUCAAAUCACAAAGACGAAAUGGCAUUCCACACUCGAUCUAACAGCUUCCCGUCAAGGCCACACCCGAUCGUUGAAGAAGUUUAUGAACUUUUGUGCAGAUUGAGGUCUUCUGAAUCCACCUCCACAUCUUCUUCAUCAAUCAGCCACAAGCUAAGUAACCUCAAAGACUUGCAUGAUUGUGUUGAGAAGUUGCUUCAGUUGCCCCUCACCCAACAAUCAUUAGCCCAAGAGCAGAAUGAGAGAUGGACUAAUGAGUUAUUAGAUGGCUCUAUCAGACUCUUGGAUGUUUGUGCCACUGUCAAGGAUACCCUGUCGCAAAGCAAGGAAUGCGUGCAAGAUCUUCAAUCCAUCAUCAGAAGGCGGGGAGGUGAAUCUGCACUCACAAGUGAGGUCACAAAAUACUUAACCUCCAGGAAGCUGGUGAAGAAAGCAAUCCACAAGGCUAUGGUAAAUCUGAAGGGGAUGAAAAAUAGAUCAGCAUUCUCUUCCCCCAACAAGGACGAGGAGACAAUUUCCAUCUUUAGCAAGUUGAGAGACGUUGAAGCAGUCACUCGCGAAGUAUUUGAAUCGCUAAUGUCAUUCAUCUCAGGGCCAAAAUCACGGUCAUUGGUCUCAAAGAUGAUGCAGUCAAAAAGAGCGGCUUGUGAGACAGAAACAGAAGUGAAUGAAUUUUCACAGGUGGAUGCUGCACUACACAAAAGUGCCGAUAACGCGCAAAACCAGCUUGAGAAGCUAGAGUCGUGCAUUCAAGAUCAGGAAGAAGGGCUUGAGUGCCUAUUUAGACAGUUGAUCAAAACAAGAGUCUCCCUCCUCAACAUCCUGAACCACUAGAUUUAGAUCCUAAAUUCUGUACAUGAAAUGUAUACUUAUAUACAUUACAUCAUUUGAUAUGAAAUUGACGGUCUAUUGAUUAAAUAUCUACCUUCUCGCUAUUUAAGAAACUAUUGCAGAACAACAAUCAUUGAUGAUAAU